CCCCCCCCCCCGUUUCUGUCCGUCAGGUGAAGUGACGUCAUCGUCAACAGGUGCGUCAAGGGAAAUUUCGCUCCCGGAAAGUCUCCAUCAAAUCAAGGGACAGAACGAAGCUCCAGCUCCAGCCUGGGAAAUGGACCCCAGGAACACCCAGCAGGACGUCCAGGACCAGCUCAACGAUGUGGUCAGCAGGCUCCAGUCCAAGAAUUUCUUCCAGUCUGAUCUGGACAUAGCGUUUUUCGCGGUCUUCUUCAUCUUCAUCGGCAUGAUCCUCCUGCUGUUCAUCCUGGUUCUGAUUCGCUGCUGCUGUUGCUGCUGCUGCCAGGACGACGACCAGCCUCGCAGACAGAAGAGGGGGGUGGUGAACAUGGCUCUGGAGCCCUGAUGUUGACUGGACCACCUGCUGGAACUGAACACAGAACCCCCCCACUCCCAUCAUCUGAUAGAUUUUAUUUCUCGGCACAUUUGCAGACAUUUCUGCUAUUGUCUUUAUCAUUUGAUCGUAUUUUUUUAAGGCCAAAAAAUGUUGAGAUGAGUCAAAUCAGCCCAUGGUGACCUUUUCUUUUCUUCAGAUUUAAGACUUUCUAUUCCUGCAGGACAUUUCUGUCCUUAGACUGUGUGAAGAGAAAAUUGCUCUGUUGUUGUGUUGCUGUGAAAUGUUGCUGUCCGUUGCUGAAUUGUUGACUGUAGAAGAUAAAGAUGCUCAAUAAAAUUCCUGAAAGAUG